AUGUUCACUCUUAUAUCGCGUGAUCAGGAGUUCAAUUCAGAUAGUUGGAUCUGUCGUGAACUUAACAAAGAUUAUGCAGACGAUUACAAUGGCAUAUUCUUGCAUAUGUUGAAUAGUGUUGAUGCAUCAACGUCGCCUUGGUUACUAAAAUCCGCAUUGCACACGUUUUCUUUGAAUAAGCUCCUGGAACAUCAUCCAAAUGCAUUGAUUAUCAUGAUUCAUCGACCUCUUGGCACUGUUCUUCCUUCUCUGUGUAGUUUGUCAUUAUCAGCUACAGAUUGGAAUUUCGACAGCACGAAUACAAUUACUCGAGAUAAUGUAGGAAAACGUUGUUGUCAAUUUAUGGAUAUAGUAAUUGAAUGUAUCCUGAAGUUUCGAAAAACAUCCAAUGGCGUUAUUAAGCGGUUAAAAAACGUGUUCGAUAUUAACUAUAACGAUUUAAUGAAAGAUCCUAUUGAUCUGGUUCACAGAAUAUGCAAUUAUUUCGGUCUACUGUGGCCAGAUGAAAUGGAAAUAGCUAUGAAUCAUUUGGCUUCUUGA